UAAGAUUUAUCGCACGAGCUAUUCGCCCAUUUUCAACAGUGAGACCUUUUGUUUUGGCUGCUGACAACUACUUUCGGCUACUAGGACACCCACGGGCGCCAUAGAUGCUGCACUCCAUCGACUUGGGCAAUAGAGGGGUGCUGAUGAAGCUUCUGUUCUACUGCGGCAUGUACGAAUUGAUGGACGGACCACCGAUCGAACGGUUGCUAUUGGUCGAGCCAUCGGAGAGACUACAUGUGGGCCAGGCGCUACAACAUCCGUACUUUGCAGUUACAUCGUCAGCUACUGUGAACCGACAAACAUCGUCCCCAUCGAUGGGGGCAAUUGGCGGUGCCGCUGGGGGUUCCACAACACCACCAAGUCGACCAGAUAUCAAGACGGAAUUGCUGUGUGGAAUGUACGAAGCCUCUUCCGCGUCCGUGCCCACUGGGCGGUAGGAAUGGCGCCCCGUUGUUCUUGUACGUACUUGACGAAAAGACCGGGGCGCCGGUGGUGUCUGACGUGUGUUUAUCCGACUCGAAUCAACACGCCAUCGACCGAGUUUGGGAGCAACGCAAGGGUCGAGUAGACAAUAUCCACAGAAACGCCAGCGAAAAUGACUGCCAGGUGUGGAGAAACGCUGUCCAAUUUCAGGUGCAGACUCCUAGGAACGAGCGAUGCAACCAGAGGCGGCUAGUCUUGU